AUGGACCUUGUCGAUCGCGCCCUCGAGGCCACGGCAAUGGAUGCCAUUGAUGCCCUGCGCGUCUUCUUCUUGCUAGCUGCAGCCACUACUAUCACCGUUAGCGUUCCAUCUUCCCUACGCUCCCGCUUCCUAGUCUAUGGUCCCCGUGCCGUGUCCAACUCAACACCUGGAUCCGAGCCAAAGACCCUCACCUCACUAGGCUUGCUCGACUACCUCGCUACCUGGCAGGUUCCUCACAGUUACUUCACCCAAUUCUAUGUCGUAUCCGCUCUAUCUUCUGUAUUCUGGGCGAUUCAGCUAGUCUUCCGGGGCCGAGUGUUCGAGCUCAUCGCGACACGGAUCAGCGAAGAGCAUGCACAACAGUCCAUGUCCCUCACGCAGGUCCUAAUCUGCUGGAUUCUGCUAGCUAUUCAGGGCGCGCGCCGGUUGUGGGAAAGCCACACAUUCGCGAAGCCGUCCUCGUCGCAGAUGUGGGUUGUGCACUGGGUACUGGGAUUGGGAUUCUAUCUGGCUGCGGGGGUGGCCAUUUGGAUUGAAGGUUCAAGCACCAUCCUAUCGCAUAAGCUCACAGUUGAUGACGUGAAAAUGACCAAUGCCCCGACGGUGCGAACUUUCUUCUGUAUUCCGCUGUUCUUGAUGGCCUCGGGCUUACAGCACGACUGCCACCACUUCCUCUUCUCUCUGAAAAAGUAUACUCUUCCCGACCACCCCAUUUUCUCUGCAGUCGUGUGCCCUCACUAUGGAGCCGAAUGUGUGAUUUACUUAUCCCUUGCACUUCUGGCAGCUCCGCCCGGUCAGAUGGUCAAUAAGACCUUGCUAGCGUGCUUCGCCUUUGUGACCGUGAACCUCGGCCUUACUGCACGCACCACGAAGGAGUGGUAUAUGCAGAAAUUUGGCAGAGAGGCUGUACAGGAUCGAUGGCUCAUGAUUCCAUGGGUAUACUAG